GUCAGCUGCCAUGCAGCAGGAGCAGCAGGCCAUUGUAGCUACGCUCGUGCAGUCUCCCAAACCACGUCCACCGUAGCCGUCUCAUCCACCUCACGCACACGCUCUGCCACCGCCCAUGGCCUGUUCCCCCUCAUCCAGCACCACCGCCACCAGCAACUCCAUCCCAUUGCCACCGCCGUUGCUGCGUCUGCCGCUCGAGCUGCGCCAGCACAUCUACUCGUACCUGUUGCCGCGCGAGAACGUGUCGCAUCCGCUACCCUCGGUCGGCAUCACGUCCGUCGAUCACCGUCCACCUUCGCGACCGCUCCUAAACAUCCACCCUGCCCUGACUGCCGAGAUCCUCGACUACUUCUACUCCAUUUCCACGUGGAAGCUGGUCUUCAGCCAUGCCUUCAACUUCUUCCGUGUUGAUCCGGAUCUGCGGAAACUGGAGCAAAGUUCCAGCCUGCGAUUGAUCACGAAAGUCGAGCUCGUCUUCUUUUGUGACGUCCUGCUCCUCCAGAGCUACCCGAGCUUUGGCCUGGAGUCAUUCUGCACCGAAAUCAAGCGCCGGGCGACCAGAGCAUGUCAAGUCUUGUCGAAUGCCACUCACUUACGGACAGUGGUCGUGAGCUGGUGCGAUUCGACCAACACUGGCAGAUGGUCUCAAAAGAGCGACAUCAUCGCAGCGCUGCAGGUUUUGGAUACCCAAAGUCCUGGCCUGCGCUUCCAGAUUGGCAGCGUCAGUGCCGAUGAUGUAGAUGAAGAGCAGUUCGCCAUGGCCCUGCAGAAUGUCCUGGGCGUAGGGCAGAGGCUUGACACUGUGCAUCGUGGCCCUGAUCCUGCUUCGGAGCUGAGAAUGUUAGCUUUCGACGUACGACAGGAAAGGUUGAAACUCCUCUCGCAACCUGGCGGGUAUCCCGAGCAACGCAUGACGAGGAACGGCUGGAGGGCUGCACCGUCCUCUCUUCCACCCACUCGCGAAUGA